UCUGUUAUGCAUAAAAUAUUGAUAGGUUUUGUGAUUGAAUACCUGAGUUUUAUUGCUUUUAUUACGUCUUAUUAGCAUCAUCUAGUGGAUGCCUUAAUUUACUGCAUCUCAUGCGCACUUUAUUUGAAAGAAACUGCAACACGGAAGUGACGUUGUUCAGUUGAGACUCACACGACGAUGGGAGCAGUCAGUUCGCGCCAUCUCUGACCAUUUUGCCUUGAAUUUGAGGUUGCAUCGCCGGGUGGCCAUUACGUGCUAAUCCCGCAGAGCGCUGUGGUCGCAAAGUGGCCAGUGUGACGCAGGGCGGGAGAUGAGGAAUGAGGAUGCUUCGCCCGUAGACCGCGACUUCCAAGCACGUCACCGUCUUCACGGUCCCGUGCAUAGAUCGGGGUUUGCGAACAGACGUCGCCGUCCUCCCAUUUAAGUGAAGUCCAAGUAAAAAGGCAAAGUUCACGGUGCGAAGGAGUGGCCAUAACACACACUCACACCUUUUAAAACAGGAACAUUUUGGUAGACAAACCAAAUGAUCAGUCUUCCAGGUGGUCAUCUGAGAGCAACUACCCUCCACAGUUUUUAAUCUUGAAACUGGAGAGGCCGGCGAUCGUUCAGAGCAUCACUUUUGGAAAAUACGAGAAAACGCACGUCUGCAACCUGAAGAAGUUCAAGGUGUUCGGAGGCAUGAGCGAAGAAAACAUGACUGAGCUUUUGUCCAGUGGCCUUAAGAAUGACUACAACAAGGAAACAUUCACCUUAAAGCACAAGAUUGACGAGCAGAUGUUUCCCUGCAGAUUUGUUAAGAUAGUGCCUCUAAUGUCAUGGGGUCCCAGUUUCAACUUCAGCAUCUGGUUCAUUGAACUGCACGGUAUUGAGGAUCCGGAUGUAGUGCAGCCCUGCCUUAACUGGUACAGCAAGUACAGAGAACAGGAAGCCAUCCGCCUUUGCCUCAAACACUUCCGUCAGCACAACUACACCGAGGCCUUCGAGUCGCUGCAGAAGAAGACUCGCAUCGCGCUCGAACACCCCAUGCUCACCCACCUGCACGACCGGCUGGUGCUGCAAGGCGAUUUUGACGCCUGCGAGGACCUCAUCGACAAAGCCGUGCGAGACGGUUUGUUUAACCAGUAUAUAAGCCAGCAAGAGUACAAGCCACGAUGGAGUCAAAUCAUCCCCAAAUGCAACAAAUGUACAUGCGCCCAAGAAAUCAGCAGGGACGACGUGAACAACGACGGAGAUGACAACAGGCCGGGAAUGAGGGGAGGACAUCAAAUGGUCAUUGACGUUCAAACCGAGACGGUGUACUUAUUUGGAGGCUGGGAUGGCACGCAAGACCUUGCUGAUUUCUGGGCUUACAGUGUUCAGGAGAACCAGUGGGUCUGCAUUUCUAGGGACACUGAGAAAGAGAACGGUCCGAGCGCGCGCUCCUGCCACAAGAUGUGCAUCGACUCCCAACGGCGUCAAAUCUACACGCUGGGCCGCUACUUGGACUCCAGCGUAAGAAACAGCAAGUCUCUGAAGAGCGACUUCUACCGCUACGACAUCGACGUCAACACGUGGUCGCUUCUCAGCGAGGACACGGCAGCCGACGGCGGGCCCAAACUCGUGUUCGACCACCAGAUGUGCAUGGACUCGGAAAAGCACAUGAUUUACACAUUCGGCGGCCGGAUACUGACAUGCAACGGCAGCGUGGAAGACAGCCGAACGUCCGAGCCGCAGUUCAGCGGCCUGUACGCUUACCAUUGCCGAGCGGCAACGUGGAGCCUCCUUCGGGAAGAUUCUUGCAACGCAGGGCCAGAGGACAUCCAGUCACGGAUCGGACAUUGCAUGCUUUUCCACACGAGAAACCGCUGUCUUUAUGUGUUUGGUGGUCAGCGAUCGAAGACCUACCUCAAUGAUUUCUUCAGCUAUGAUGUCGAUGGAGACCACGUGGAGAUCAUAUCUGAUGGCACCAAGAAGGACUCGGGCAUGGUACCGAUGACCGGUUUCACGCAGAGAGCCACCAUCGACCCCGAGCUGAACGAGAUCCACGUCCUGUCGGGCCUGAGCAAAGACAAAGACAAACGAGAAGAAAACGUGCGCAACUCUUUCUGGAUCUACGACAUCGCUCGCAACAACUGGUCCUGUGUGUACAAAAACGACCAGGCAGUUAAGGAAAACCCCACCAAAGUCUUGCAGGAAGAGGAGCCAUGCCCGCGCUUCGCUCACCAGCUGGUCUAUGACGAGAUGCACAAGGUGCAUUACUUGUUUGGUGGCAAUCCCGGUAAGUCUUGCUCUCCCAAAAUGCGCCUAGACGACUUCUGGUCCCUGAAACUUUGUCGGCCCUCCAAGGAGUAUUUGCUGCGACACUGCAGAUAUCUGAUCAGGAAGUAUAGGUUUGAAGAAAAAGCCCAGUCCGAACCACUGAGCGCACUCAAAUACCUGCAGGAUGAUUUAUCGCUCACUGUGGACCACACAGACCCCGAAGAGACCAAAGAAUUCCAGCUUCUCCCCUCAGCUCUGUUCAAGUCCAGCAAUGACUUCAUCCCACUGGGUUUCUCUGAUGUGGACCAGACGUACGCCCAACGCACGCAGCUUUUCGACACGCUCGUCAACUUUUUCCCCGACAGCAUGACGCCGCCCAAGGGCAACCUGGUGGACCUCAUCACCCUCUAGCCCCCUGCCAUCACCGCAACUUCGCCUGCUGAAUUAAAAAUGCAAAGGGCACAGAGGGAGGGAGUGGGGGGAGAGCAAGUUACAUCAGGUACUACCCAUUUCUAUUAUCUUGUUCUCCAUUUGACAUCAUGAUGAUCUGCUGCUGCCGCCACCUGAAAACUGAAGCAUGUCUAGUCAACACUGUCGCGUGAGAAUGGAAUGGUGUGUAUGGGUGAUGACCAACUGCCAAUAUUUUCCAAUAUUUUUUUUUUACUCUCGCAUCAGUCUUUUGAAUCUACACUCCUAGCUAAUUAGCUUAAAAAUGUCUAUUUAAGACAUGGCCAGUGAUUGAGGGAAUUAAUUCAAAACUUAGAUGGUCCAAACUUUAAGUAACAGUAGUCAAUUGGGGGGGGAUUUAUAUAUUUCAGAUGAGUUUUUAUGUAAUGUCAAUAUUCGGCUGUCAUAUAACCCCCAAGUCCCAGCGUAACAGCAAUUUAUCGUGUAAAUGAUAACAUUUAUGCCCUUAGUUUUCAUGUGUAAAUGUAGCACAAGAUAAAGCUUUGUAACAUUAGUAAGAAAAUAAAGCGCAAGUUUUUUGUUCCCCGCACCUACCCCGUCACUCUUCUGCUAAAAACACUCGAUGAAUAUUAUUUGGUGCUUUUCACUUGCACUUGAAGAGUUGAGAAGAUGCGCAUUGUGCUUUUGGAAUUGAUUGUUUGCGUUUGCUGCGUCAUAGAAGGGAAAUUUAACGGAGAACAUUUCGGGGGACGUUGUGGUGUUAUGAGAAAACAAAUACGAUGAGUGAAAAGUUUUACGAAGAAAAAAAAGUUACAUUUGCAAAUGCUUGUGCAGUAACCUCCAAUUCAAAUAUGGGAAUAAACUUUUUUUUAUUAGGUUAAUGUUAAAAUUCCUGUGUAAAUUGAUAGUUGUUUAAAAAAAAAAUGUUCUCAUUACAUCAUUUUUGCGGCCCUGGUAUUCCAUUUUUUUCUUUUAUGCCUACAAAAUUCCGUGUACUCACUGUAAUGACAGUUUGUUGUCGUUACUUUAAGGAACUGGAGCCAGUGAUAAUCUCAAAUGUUUUUUUUUUCCAUUGACACUGCUGGUCGUGUUCUGGGCGUUGCAACAGUGUGGUGUUCAUGUUGCUGUUUGUCUGGAAGAGAACGGAACCUAUCCAGAAUACUUUAGUUGAAAAGUAAAAAGCACCUUUUGUCCACCCCCCCUCCCUCAAACAAUGCCAAAUAUUACUUAAGUUCCUUCUCAUUGUCCCAUAUCAUCCUCUAACUUGAGCACUGGGUGGAACUGUGGCGUUUCCAGUGUGGUACUGUCCGACUGUGAGCACUUCUCUGUGGAAUGUGUAGAAAGCCUUGUAGUAUUGCAUUGUAUGUAAUGUAAAUAAUGAAUAAAGAUUGUAUUUUGUUCAGAUUUUCUUAUAUUGCGACUUACAUUUUGUUUUUUGAAUAACUGUUCAAAUGCAAUUGAAAUGUGUGUGUAGGGGGGAGCUUUAUUUGCACACACAAAAACAUGACAAUUUACAAUUUCCAGUGUGACAGACCCCUGUUGUUCACUUCUAUUUGCAAACCCAACAUAAAUACAAACAUUACAAAUACUGCUAACAUACUUUGGUGGAAUAUCAAAAACAAAACAGUUUAUGGCAAAUUCACACAUUUAUGUUACCACCAGAUGGCGGCAAAGACUUGUCCACAUAGGAAAGUGACAAAAGUAUGCUGAAGCAGAACAAA